UUUCCGGUAGCAACGGGAGUGAGGAGUCGCAGUGAAACCGUCACAUGAGCAGUUGUAUAAAAAUAAUAGCACGUUCGUACUGAAACUUUUUGGGUUUUUGGUUUCUUCUCUAUGAGUUAACCAGCCCACGGUCAUGUAUCAACCAGGCAAACCGUCACACGGCCCGCCGCCGCGAUUCGGACCUCCACCGCCGCGAUUCGGAGCUCCUCCACCGCACGGCCCUCCUUUCACACUCAAAGCGUCUUGUACUAUUCCUCCUCCUGCCAGACACUUGCCCCCUGGACCAUUUUCUGCCCCGCCACCGGAUAACCACUUUCUGCACAACCGGCCACAGAGAGAGCAUUUUAUCACACCCCACUGUAGCAGCUUCUCCAUAGACCGUAGUACAGUGAUUGCUUUGGGAGGCAGCCAGCAGGUCGUCCCUCACCCAGAACCACCACACCCUCAGGUCCCACAGUGGAAAGCCACCCAAGGAGAACAUCUUCCAGACAGUGACAGAGCUGGAGAGGAAUUCUUGAGAUGCAUUGCUGCCAACAAGCCUCUCCCAGACUAUCUGAAAGGGGACAUGGCAUUCAAUCUUGCUGAGGCAUUAAAAUCAGCAAAUGUCCUAAAAGGUGCUUUAAAAACAGACCCUAAUUUCCAGAAGUACGUGAGCAGAAGCCGAAGCAGAAGUCAUGACAGAAGUCGUGGGAGAUCUCGAGCCAGAAGCAGAGCACGCAGCAAAAGCGGAGAAAGAAGCAAAAACAGAGCACGCAGCAAAAGCAGACAGCAAAGCAGAGCACCCAGCAGCAAAAGCAGACCCAGCAAAAGCAGAGAAAGCAAAAGCAGAGCACGCAGCAAAAGCAGAGCACGCAGCAAAAGCAGAGCACCCAGCAAAAGCAGAGAAAGAAGCAAAAGUCGAACUUGUGGCACAAGAGGCAGAUCUCGCAGCAAGUGCAAAAGCAAGAAGAAAAGUCAUCGCCGGUGCAAAAGUCGCGCCACAAGUUCAAAAUCGCGAAGUAGCAGUAGUGAAAAGAGCCAUGCCAAGGAUAAAAAGAGAAAGAUGAGCCCCGGCCAAAGCUGCAGAAGCAGUAUAAACAUCAGUGAGGAUGCAUCAGGGAAAAGUCUGUUGGAAGGACUGAAGCUGGUCAUGAACAGCAAAGAACUGGAGGAGCGGUUACCAACCCUCAAAGAUGCCAUCCUCACUAUUCAGGCCUCUGAUGAAAACAAAACUCAGCAUAACAAUCGGGAGAAUUUGUCACCUGAAAACGACAGCAUGCUCCUUCCCCACGACAGAGUGGGAUGUGACUUCUCUUGGCUCCAAGCGCAAAGUGUAGAAGACUCCACAGUCAAGAAAGCUGAUGAGCUGGAAGACGAAGAGUCCUUCCUGUAUGGGAAUGACUUGGCUGGAGGAAAGCAGGACACGUCCCCCUCUGUUUUCCCAGCGUUUACCCAGAUGCAAGAGAUUUGUCAACGACAAGAAUCUGCCGUGAACAGUCAACAGCGUCAACAGACCACAUUCAAAAGCUCUGGAGAUCAAAUGACGUCGUAUGUUAAUCUGGACAACAAUGAGAAUGCAAAGAUCAAACACACGUUAUACAGUCUGAGCACAGCAAACAUCAGCAAGAUCGUUUCCCCUUCAUCAUAUGCGUCAGAUGCAAUAACAGCUAUGAAAAACCCGAAGGUACAGCAGGCUCUGGAAUCUCUGCAGUCUCUGAUCAAAGCCACAAAGGAGAAACGGGCAAAAAGUGACAGCUGUGGCUCGUCUCAGAGCUCCGACAAACACAAAACAAGUGACAAAGAGGAAGAGAAGCGAGGAAAACAACUCACUGUAAAUAAAAUGGAAUCCUUGAUAAAAGAACUGGAGGAUAUGAUGAAACAUCAAGGACUGAGGUUUAUGAAACCAGUGAUUGGAUUUUACUGCCAGAAAUGUGAGGAGUUCAUUGGGGACUUAAGUUCUGCUGAAAACCACGCAGCCGUCCACCAGCGUAGUGACACCAGCACCAGCACCAGCACCAGUCAGAAAAUACAAAAAGACAAACAUACUGGACAGCCAGCUGCAGGCGGCAAUGGACCCUCCCAUUAUUGCAGCAGCAGCAGAAGCAGCAGCAGCAGCAGCAGUAACCAGCACCCACACCGGUCUGACGGCAAAGACCAUGGUUACCAUAGAGAUUCUGGAGAGCACGCGGACGGCAGAGAGCAGAAACCAGAUUGGGGGAGUGAGAGAGAUCGUAGAAACCACAGGGAGAGGCAGGAAAACUUCUCCUUGAAGGAGGAGAUGUGUAAAGAGAGGAUGCUCAUCACCGUUUCCCGUCAACUGACUCCUCCUAAUGUCAAAGUCAAGGAGGAGGCCAGCAGGAGCUCCAACAAAUUCAAAGUGGACGGCACAAACAAGAGAGAGAGCAAAGAAAGGUCUAGUAAACACAAAGGGGAAACCAGUGACAGCAGUGAUGACGACAAAAAGAAAUCACCCAAAAAGAAGAAGAAGAAGGAAAAGAAAAAGAAGAAGAAGAAGAAAGGAGAUAAGUCCUAAUCCUUGUCUUAUGGUUUAAUGUGUCCCUGUUUUAAUCCAUGUCAGAUGGAUCCCUGAGGUGAUUUUUGUCACCGCACGCCUGGACAUAAUGUGGUUGUUUUCCUUUUCUCCUCUCAGUUCGUUGUUCUGUGAUCAGGAGGUGGAGCUUCCAUCUUAAAGGAGCAGUCUGUCAUGUUGGGGAAUGCUCCGCCUCGUUGUAAAGACAAGAUUUGAGCACACCUUACCUGUCCUCUGCACCUGCACCAUCCACAUUAACCUGAACAAAACUUAGGCAUGGUUUGGACUAUGAUAACUGUUAUUUUGGUAGUUUUUAUGAUUCUUCAAAUACAUUUUGUUCAUGUAAAGCUUUAUUGUUGUUUUGGGGGGUUUUGUGUGGAUGACGAUAUUUCCAGAAAACUUUUAUAAAAAACAACAAAGUAAAAGAUAAUAUUUCUGUUUGCCUGUGGAUAAGGUCUUACUUUCAGUUUCACUUUUGUUGUUGCGUUAAUUAAAGUAAGGAAUGGUUGGAGUUUACAACACCGUUGUUGUUUCUCAUCAGAACUUUCUAAAUCUGAGCACACGCUUAGUGUAUGAUUGGUUUUCAGUCAAUGUGGAUGCAGAUGACGUGAAAAUAAAAAUGUAAAUAUUCCUGG